AUGAUGGAACAUCACGUGAGGCCGUCGACAGAUUCUCGAGGGAUGGUAGACGACGAGUCCCCUUUGAGUAGCCAUGACGACUCGGGCGACCUGGAAAAGGCUCUGCUUUCAGUGGAAGAGUCUUCAAAGAGAGACGUCAGCCAAAGCAGAGCUCAUCUCCUGGUACGGCCGUCGACAUGGCUGACAGUCUUCAAUAUUGGGGUAUUUGUCGCGUCAUGCAUCGUUUGGUCAGGUGCAUUAUCAAAGCAAACCCUCAAGGAUCAGGACUUCUGGAAAGCAACAUCAUUCUAUUCUCCCAUUCUGGAAAGAUUCGAAAUUCCCAAAGUUACACGAGUCACGAACGGCACGCUGUACGACCCAAGUCCGCCGUCUAUCCUUCGCCAACGUAUCGGAAAGGAAGUGGACGAUGAAUGGCACCGAAUCGGUGAUCACGUAUGGCCACUGGUCAUUGGAGCGGAAGACGUCCGGCUCUUGGGGAAAGACCCGGCCGUUGCGGUAAAGAUCCCAGACGAUCUCGGCUACGGCUCGGACGCCUACAUUGCUCAGACAGAGGUUUUUCAUCACCUGCACUGUCUCGACAUGCUAAGGAGGGAGGUUUCCUACGAGCACUACUACGAGGAAAAGGAAGGGCCGAAGCCAGGAGGAGCACAGCAUCAAGCACAUAUCGGCCACUGCUUCGAUAUACUUGCUCAGGCAAUCAAGUGCACGGGUAGUGUUGACAUGAUCACGUUCAACUGGGUAGAGAGCUGGAACCAGCCGUUCCCGGAUUUCAUGAACCACAAAGUCUGCCGAAACUUUGAUGUGUUGUUGGACUGGGUGAACGAUAACUCAAUGGACCCGGAAGUAUUCCAGAAAAUGAAGACCCCUCCUCCGGGAUGGCCGGUGCUGCCAGAGCCAGGUACAGCCAGAUGA